GCUGAAGCUGAACAAGAUGGCUGUUAGUUGGGGACUGGAGGGCUGAGAGGAGGGUAGAUGAUCCUAAAGCCAGACAGAAGCGUCUCAAAAACGGACAGAAAGGACCGCGACGCCCGCGUGAACUCUCCGAACGGGUAAACGGUCGUUUUAGCCGGGUGUCACGAACCCUCGCCGGCCCUGGGAUUCCGAAGCAGCGACGCCUGGCUCCUCUCUCCCCAGACCUGGCAUUCAUCUCCUGACUGAAUUUUUGCUCAUCAUCCAAUUAAGAAGCUGGACCCGGGACAUAAGAAAUGUCAUUGCUGUGUGUUGGAGUAAAAAAAGGCAAGCUCGAUGGACCCCAAGAGAAAUUCAACACGUACGUGACGCUGAAGGUGCAAAAUGUUAAGAGCACAACUAUCGCCGUGCGUGGCUGUCAACCCUGCUGGGAGCAGGACUUCAUGUUUGAAAUAAACCGUCUGGAUCUGGGCCUCACAGUGGAGGUGUGGAACAAAGGACUGAUCUGGGACACCAUGGUGGGAACCUUAUGGAUCCCUCUGAGCAGCAUACGGCAGUCCAACGAGGACGGUCCAGGUCAGUGGCUGAUUCUGGACUCCAAUGUGAUCAUGGCUGAAAAUGAGAUCUGUGGCACCAAAGACCCGACCUUCCACAGGCUACUGCUCGACACCCGCUUUGAACUGCCUUUAGACAUCCCAGAGGAGGAAGCCAGAUACUGGGCCAAAAAACUUGAACAACUUAAUGCAAUGAGGGAUCAAGAUUAUGCCUAUCAAGAAGAACAAGAGCGGUCGCUCCACGCUCCCUCCUCACAGUGCUGUAACUGGAGUCUCUGGGGAGACCAGCAGAACGAGGACCCAGACAGUGCUGUUGAUGACAGGGACAGCGACUACCGCAGCGAGACCAGUAACAGCAUCCCACCUCCCUAUUACACCACCUCCCAGCCCAACGCUUCCAUGCACCAGUAUCCCAUGAGGCAGCAGAACUACAGACACUCCUACAACGAUGAGAUCCACGAGCUGGACUACGAUCACAGAACCAUGAGACGCAAUGAUAGUUUAGACUCUGCCACCAACGGCCGCAGCGAUAUCGACACAGGCUCAGGGUCGAGCCGACGCACCAGCCGUCAGUAUUCUCUAGACAGUAGGCACUCGCUGUCCGAUAGUCCCACAGACAGUCGUUACGCCUCGUCAGCUGAGCUGAGCCGAGGCAGCUCUCAGCUGAGUGAGGAGUUUGUUCCAGAGGAUGGCGAGAGCUUUCAGGAUUCAGAGUUCUAUGACGAAAACGAUUCCUACCACUCCUGCCACUCCUCGGUCAGCUACGGCAAAGAAGACUCCCCGGGCUGGGACGGUGAGGACAACCAGGGCAUCUAUAGUGAUGAGGGAGGCUAUCUCAAACAUGGAGGGGAGGAUGGUGUGCUGUAUGAUGAAGAGGGAAGCAUUUAUGCAAUGGAAUACAACUACAAAGAUGAAGGAGAGAUGCCCUAUGAGGAAGAUGAAGAGAUGUAUCCACUGGGCACCACAAAGGGUAAAGAUCAGGAGCAUGCCAGCACCCCAGUACCCUCAAACACUGCAUCCACCCUGAUGCCUCUCUCAGAUGGACUGUCCUCCACCCGACCACCUUUGGAGAAGCAGACGUCUUUGCAUCAACAGAGACAGCCUCAGCCUCCCAGCACAGCUCCUGAAAUACCUCCAGUCUCCCAGGAGAGCAUGGGGCCCUCUGACAUCACAGAGUCCAUUAAGCCUUCCUUUGCACCUUCAGAACAACUGCCUGUCACAACUACAUCCACCCCAACAUCACAGGUUCCACCUCUAGACACCAAACCCUUAGAGCCAGAGCUCAAAUCUGAAGCAUCUCAGGAGGAAUCUAAACCAUUUGAGCAGCCUCCAGAGGCAGAAACGGCACCUGCUGCUCCUGAGGAGAAACUGGGGGAGCCCCUUGUUCCCAGUUUUCCAAGGAGGGAAAUCAUGGAACCAGGUCACGCCAGAGCGAAGGCCAACUGGCUUCGACUCUUCAGCAGAGUACGCCUACAGCUACAAGAGGCCCGAGGAGAAAGUGUUGGGAUCGCCUCCCUGCUUUUAUCAGCAGGCAUGGGUGGUGCUCUGUACAGCAUCGACAGCAUGCCAGACCUUAGGAAGAGGAAAGCAAUGCCUCUGGUCAGAGAUCUGUCUUUGGUCCAGAACUCCAGAAAGGCGGGUAUCACCUCAGCUCUUACGUCCAGCACCCUGCACAAUGAAGAGCUGAAGUGUCAUGUCUAUAAGAAGACCCUCCAGGCCCUCAUAUAUCCCAUCUCUUGCACCACUCCACACAACUUUGAGGUGUGGACGGCCACCACGCCCACCUACUGCUAUGAGUGUGAAGGCCUGCUGUGGGGCAUUGCCCGCCAGGGCAUGCGCUGUACUGAAUGUGGAGUCAAGUGCCACGAAAAGUGCCAAGACCUGCUCAAUGCUGACUGUCUGCAGAGAGCAGCAGAGAAGAGCUCUAAACAUGGCGCGGAGGAUCGGACUCAGAACAUCAUCAUGGUUCUUAAGGAUCGUAUGAAGAUCCGCGAGAGGAACAAGCCGGAGAUCUUUGAACUCAUUCAGGAAGUGUUUGCUGUCAUCAAGUCCACUCAUGUCACCCACAUGAAGCAGAUUAAACAGAGUGUGCUGGACGGGACCUCUAAAUGGUCAGCCAAGAUCUGCAUCACAGUGCUGUGUGCUCAGGGUCUUCAGGCCAAGGAUAAAACCGGUUCCAGUGAUCCUUACGUAACCGUCCAGGUGGGGAAGACAAAAAAGAGAACCAAAACCAUCUACGGCAACCUCAACCCUGUCUGGGAGGAAACAUUUAAUUUUGAAUGCCACAACUCCUCCGACCGCAUUAAGGUGCGAGUGUGGGACGAAGACGAUGACAUUAAGUCUCGUGUGAAGCAGAAGUUCAAGCGAGAGUCCGACGACUUCCUCGGCCAAACUAUCAUCGAGGUCCGCACCCUGAGCGGGGAGAUGGAUGUCUGGUACAAUCUGGACAAACGUACCGACAAAUCGGCGGUGUCCGGAGCUAUCCGCAUGCGCAUUAAUGUAGAGAUCAAAGGAGAGGAGACAGUCGCCCCAUAUCACGUUCAGUACACGUGUCUGCAUGAGAACCUCUUUCAUUACGUGACCGACAUGCAGAACACCGGUGUGGUGAAGAUCCCUGACGCCAAAGGCGAUGAUGCGUGGAAGGUCUAUUUUGAGGAGACACCACAGGAAAUAGUAGAUGAGUUUGCUAUGCGCUAUGGAGUAGAGUCCAUCUACCAGGCCAUGACCCACUUUGCCUGCUUGUCUUCUAAAUACAUGUGCCCCGGUGUUCCUGCUGUUAUGAGCACCCUGCUGGCCAACAUCAACGCCUACUACGCCCACACCACUCAGGCAACCAACAAUGUCUCUGCCUCCGACCGCUUCGCUGCUUCAAACUUUGGAAAAGAGCGAUUUGUCAAGCUUCUAGACCAGCUGCACAACUCCCUGAGAAUAGACCUGUCCAUGUACAGGAAUAACUUCCCAGCUAGCAGUCCAGAGAGGUUACAGGACCUCAAGUCCACAGUGGAUCUCCUCACAAGUAUCACUUUCUUCAGAAUGAAGGUUCAAGAGCUCCAGUCUCCACCCAGAGCCAGUCAGGUUGUGAAGGAUUGUGUCAAGGCCUGCCUCAACUCCACCUACGAGUACAUCUUCAACAACUGUCACGAGCUGUACAGCCGUGAAUAUCAAACAGACCCGGCCAAACAGGGCGCUGUGCCCCCAGAGGAGCAAGGACCCAGCAUCAAGAAUCUGGACUUCUGGUCCAAACUCAUCACACUCAUCGUCUCCAUCAUUGAGGAAGACAAAAACUCCUACACUCCCUGCUUAAACCAAUUUCCUCAGGAGCUCAAUGUGGGUAAAAUAAGUGCUGAAGUGAUGUGGAACCUGUUUGCUCAGGAUAUGAAGUACGCCAUGGAAGAACAUGAAAAAAACCGCUUGUGCAAGAGCGCGGACUACAUGAAUCUGCACUUCAAGGUGAAGUGGCUCUACAACGAGUACUGCAAGGACCUGCCCUUUUUCAAGAGCCGAGUGCCUGAAUAUCCUGCGUGGUUUGAACCAUUUGUCAUCCAGUGGCUGGAUGAAAACGAGGAGGUUUCACGCGAUUUUCUGCAUGGUGCUUUGGAAAGAGACAAAAAAGAUGGGUUCCAGGUGACAUCAGAACACGCCCUCUUCUCGUGCUCGGUGGUCGACGUGUUUUCCCAGCUCAACCAGAGCUUUGAGAUCAUCAGAAAGUUGGAGUGUCCGGAUCCACAGAUUGUAGGACACUACAUGAAGAGAUUUGCCAAGACCAUAAGCAACGUUCUCCUGUCUUAUGCUGAUAUCAUCUCUAAGCUGUUUGCCAACUAUGUUACCAUGGAGAAAGUGCCCUGCAUCCUGAUCAACAACAUCCAACAGCUGAGGGUUCAGCUGGAGAAGAUGUUUGAAGCUAUGGGUGGAAAAGAUCUGUGUGUUGAGGCCAGUGACAUCCUUAAGGAUCUGCAAGUUAAGCUCAACAAUGUCAUGGAUGAUCUGAGCAGAGUCUUUGCAGUCAGUUUUCAGCCUCAUAUUGAGGAGAACGUGAAGCAGAUGGGAGACAUCUUGGCUCAGGUUAAGGGAACAUCAAACGUGGGGAACGCCAGCAGUGUGGCGCAAGAUGCUGACAACGUCCUGCAGCCCAUCAUGGAGUUCUUGGAUAGCAACCUGUCCUUGUUUGCUAAGAUCUGUGAGAAGACCGUGCUGAAGCGUGUGUUGAAGGAGCUGUGGAAGCUGGUGAUGAACACCAUGGAGAAAACCAUUGUUCUUCCACCACUCACAGACCAAACGGGGAGGCUGAAGAGUGCUUCUCACAGUGAUGGCACUCAGCUCAUCUUUAACGCUGCCAAGGAGCUCGGACAGCUGUCCAAACUGAAGGAGCACAUGGUUCGUGAAGAAGCCAAAGCUUUAUCCCCCAAACAGUGUGCUGUGAUUGAGCUGGCUCUGGACACCAUCAAGCAAUACUUCCAUGCUGGUGGUGUGGGUCUGAAGAAGACCUUCCUGGAGAAGAGUCCGGACCUCCAGUCCCUCCACUACGCCCUGUCCCUUUACACUCAGGCCACAGAUAAACUCAUAAAAACCUUUGUCCAAUCGCAGAACGCCCAAGUGUUCAGCGGGAAGGGGGUGAGAUUCACCACUAGUGAGGAUGUUUACCCAGAAAAGGGAUCAGGAGUGGAGGACGCCGUGGGAGAAGUGUCUAUCCACGUGGAGAUUUUCACUCAUCCAAACACCGGAGAGCAUAAAGUCACAGUAAAGGUGGUGGCUGCCAAUGACCUGAGGUGGCAGACGCAGGGAAUAUUCCGCCCGUUUGUGGAGGUCUUCAUUAUCGGCCCUCACCUGAGCGACAAGAAGAGGAAGUAUGCCACCAAGUCCAAGAACAACAGCUGGGCUCCCAAAUACAAUGAAACCUUCACUUUCACCCUGAGCAAUGAGGUGGGUCCUGAGUGCUACGAGCUGCAGGUGUGUGUGAAGGACUACUGCUUUGCCCGAGAGGACCGCACCGUUGGCAUGGCUGUCCUGCAGCUGAAGGACUUAGCCUCUAAGGGUAGCGUCGCCUGCUGGCUGCCGCUGGGUAAGCGCAUCCACAUGGAUGAGACGGGCCUCACCGUCCUGCGCAUCCUCUCCCAACGCAACAACGACGACGUAGCCAAGGAGUUUGUUAAGCUUAAGUCGGACCAACGAUCUGCUGAAGAGGGCCGCAGCUAAACAGCUAAAGGCCCCGUCUGGAGCCAAAUCAGACACCUACUGCGCCAGAGCGCUGCUGCGCCUCUGCGAGUCACUGCCCCGUUCAUCUAGAGGUGUCAAAGCACAGAGAAGACAAGCAUCACUUCACACCCAAUGCUGUAAAUACAUUUAGGUCCAACACUCUUCCUGAAAAUAGAAAAAAUACAAGUGUCUUUAUUGUUGCUGAUGUUUGAAACCAACUUUGGAAUUUAUUCACUGCAUUUCUACCUUCCUCUGUUCAUAGAGGACACACGCACACACACACACACACACACACACACACACACACACAUACACACACGCAGCUAGACUUUUCUGAUCGUUCAGGGGGAGAAAAAUCUCUGUAGCCUUUACUACUUUGGCUUGUUUUCUCACAUUUCUCUGCCUUUUCCCUUUCAUCCCGAUACGAGCCCAUUUACAGAAGAGACCGCAAGUGCCAACAGGUAAUCACAGCAGAUGGGUUCAUGACAUGACCAGAACGGCCGCUCGGCCUCUAACAUUCCUGAUGUCGGAUGGGAAACACGCAGAACCUAUCUAGUCAAUAGUUUGAGUUUAUUUUCUGCUUCGAGAUUAUAUUUUAAUAACUCUAUAAAUGAUCGUAUAUAAUGAAAUAUGAGAGGAAUAUAAAGAUACUUAUCCAAUAGACGUGUAAUACGUCAACUAACGUCCUCGUCUUUUUGUGUGUGUCCGUCUACCCUGUAACAGAGCACACUGCCUGACACCUUCAAUGCCUUCUGUCUUGUUGACCCUCGUGCAUUAAUGUGUGUGUGUGUGUGUGUGUGUGUGUGUGUGUGUGUGUGUGUGUGUGUGUGUGUAUGUGUGUGUGUGUGUGUGUGUGUGUGUGUGUGUGUGUGUGUGUGUGUGCGUGUGUUCUUUAUGUUGACCUCGUGUAGUCACAGUGUGCCGGUUACCUGCAUCACAAGCUGAUGAGAUUUGGAUUUGUGAAGUUUUCUUGACUUUUGCAAACCCAAAACUCGUGUUCGGUGAUGUUUUUUGUGUGUGAGUGUGUGUUACUAUAGACAUUCCUUGAAUCCCUGUUUGUUAGUAGGGCAUCAUAGAGGAGGAGAUUAUCGGUCAUCUUCUCUUAUAAACAAACUUGCCAAAUGAAAUCCUGUGUGUGUGAGAUUAGAAACCCGAUGUAGGUCCGCUGGGACAUCUUGAUCUCUGAUGAUCCUGCACCCUCUGCUCCUUUUUGAUGAGGGGCUUCAUAUCCCAAUGAGAAUUAAAAAUUAAAACCUCUGCUAAAGGGCUGCAAAUCCAGACCAGAACAGGUCCGGUUCUGACAUUUAAAAGAGGGCAUUCCAUAUUCCAAUCUGCACCGAGACGCAGAGCAGAUUUACAAGCACACAGUUUUUGCUGCACUGAUGAAAAAAGUCGGUUCUUUUAUUUUGUCAGCGAGAUUCAUCUAAAUUAAGCAUUGUCUCUUUUGUGUGUAACAAAAACAUUUUAAACCGAUCUACAGCAUGUCUGUCACAUUUACUGAGGUCACAGAAAUUUAUUUGUGAGAUUUUUGAAAAAAAGAAACAAGAAAUAAAACUAAUGUUGUUUUCAGGACUCAAAAAGUAGCAAAAUACUUAAAAAAAAUAAUUGUUUUGUUUUUUUAUUAGUCGUCACCAAGGAGGGCUGCCAACCCCCCCUCCAGACACCGGAUCAUUAAUCUGGCCUCAUUAUCUGAACGCGGCGUUUUAACUGAACUCUAUGCAUCUGAGCUGUGUUGAUUAGUCAUUCUGGAAGCAUUCUUCUAAUGUUUACAUGGUGGGUUAUUAUUAUUCUUACUAUAUCAGCACAAGUGUUAAAUGAUAGGUGUACAAUGCUGUUUCUGUUUCAGUGGGCCAAAUAUCAAAAGCUGUUGUGGCGUUGAUUAGACGUUGGUUUGUGAUCAGCUGGAUCAGAGCUGGAUGGUUGUAAAUAGCUGCGAUGUAACUAAACACACAUCAGACUCUGUCAAGUGACGUCCGCUGCUCUUUUUGUAGACUUGAAGUUUUGUGCCGAGCGACUGGGGACACGUAGCGUCUGAGGGAUCACAGGAGACCGAGUACACAUUGGAGAGGAAUGCCAAGCCAUAUGCAUCUGGAGCUAAAUAACAAAAAAAAAACACACCAGUUUCUGAUUUUUACUGGUAAAUGACAUCAUUUUCCAUCAUGCAGACUUUAAACGAGAAUGAAAAUUGAACACGUUUAAACUCUCUGAUGUGUACAAGGUCUGUCGUCACAAGGGGACAUCCGCACGAUCUUUUGAUAACUAAAAGACAGGCACACAUAGCUGGAAAUGCCACGAAAACGUUCUUUAUUUCUUGCUGUUGACAAUGAAACUUCAGAUGGUCGAUCAGGGUGACACGGGAGCAGUUAGAGGGCAGAAGAAGCACAACGAAAAGCACACCGGUGGACAGACAUGCAUGACCGUUCCCGCUCUGCCCGACUGACUGCGCUACGAAAACAUAUAGAAAAUAAAAUAGACGACGCCGGUGGCGUACUUCCAGGAGAGGUGCAUGAUGGGAACAACAAAACAAAAACUUGUAUUGUGCCAGCACGCAGAAUUUGUUGAUGUUUAAAUGCCAAUUGUUGUCUUCUAUAUUUUGAUAUUUCAUUCUUGUUUGCUAUUUUUCAAAUGUCUGUGAAUAUAUAAAUAUGUAUUACUGAUGAUGUGUAGUGGUACAAGGUACUUCGCAUGAGAGUUUUUUUAUACACGAGAUGUUUCUAAUUCUGUUUUUGUUUUUAUUUUUAUUAUCAUUGUUAUGGUUGUUCUUACUGGGCGGUUUGAGGCUCCCGACACUACAGUCUGACUGUUGGUUCCUGCUGCCAAUAAAACA